AUGAGCCUAACUGGUUUGACAGAAUUUGUUCUUCACGAAAUAUUUUUGUAUCUUGAAGCUGAAGAUUUAUAUUCCCUUCAAAAAAUACAUCCGAAAUUCUACUUUUUGAUUAAAAAAUAUCGUCAUUGGUAUAGGUGAGUAAAUUUCGAUCAAGUUUUUUUUCUAAACAUUUUUGAUUUUUUUGACGGUGAAAUUUUAAGUUUUCUUGCUGAAAAUUCACAGGUCAAAUUUUUUUCAAAAAAAUCUUUAAUUUUUUGUUAUUUUCUCGAACUUCAAGAAUUUUUGAAGAAAAUAUAAUGCUCAAACACUUACAAUCAAUAAAAAUGGCGAAAACUCAACAAGAUUAGAAAUCGACGGUUAUUCAGCUCUCGAUCAGGUGAUUUUAUUUCUAAAUCAAUUUUUGAUAAAUUUUCAAGAUCAACUUUUGUAGGAAGGACAAGUUGUUCGAAAACACUCGAAUCGUAUUAUUCAUGGUUCAAUCAAAGAUAUAUUAAAUCAAAUCAGCCCUGUUUGGUUGAUAACAGAUGAGAAUGAAGAAUUAUGUGAAAUGCAUCAAAAAUGGUGGAAAAAUCCAAAAAAGAUACACAUUCAUCAUAUAUUAAACUAUGAAAAAUAUCUCCAGCAUUUUCAAAACUGUUCAACUCUUAUUCUAAAAGAUGUUCCAACAAUCCAACUAUCAACCAUUUUGAAUCAUAUGGUUACUGUAGCGCAUUUAGAGUAAGUAUUUACAAAUGUCAAGAAAAAAUCAAUUAAAUUUUCAGUUUGAAAGGAAAUGUUGAUUGCACAGAAGAAGAUUUUGAUAAUUUGAUUGCAAAGACAACAAAAUUGAAAUAUUUGUCGAUUGAUGUAUCAAAUACAACAAGAAUCACCAACCAAACAAUUACAAAACUUAUCAAGGUAAAUCAUUUUUUUUUUUGCAAUUUUUCAGUAGUUGUUUUUUCAGCAUACAAAAUUCAAACCAGGUCGAGCAGUUAUAAAUUUUACCAAAAUUUAUUCAACUUUUCAACAACUCAUGGAUACUUUCAACCAAAUCAAUAUUAUUGAUUUGUACAAUUUUCAUCAACAAUGUGUUUUGAUUCGUUUUCCAGACAAUAAUGAGCUUGUUUUGUGCUACGAUGAGCUUGUUCCACGAUAA